AUGAACUCGGCUCAGUCAAUCUUGACUCUUAAUCAGGUGGAGCAUCAUGAUUCUCACCAUGUUAAAGACUCAGGUUAUGAUAAUACGAACGAUGUGGCUAUUCAACCCGCUGGGAAUCUACAUUGGAUUCCAGACCCCCCAGGAGCCAUUUCUGGAGCUGCUGAAGAGAAUUUAUAUUUUAUUUCACAUCCGAGUUUUAAUCAAGGACAGAGCGGUUCCGGAAUAAACUUGCUAGAAUCUUUCGGGAUACCUUCGACCGGCGGUUUACCACAAGAAAGCCAAGCGGCGGGGGAUUCUCGAUUUGAGAGCUUCACCUGGUACCCGCCCUUGAAUUGGGACGAACUUCCUGAUAUUGAUCAAGAAAUAAACACAUCUUUGAGAGUGGAAACAGAAAUCGGAGAGCUAAGUAGUCCGAACCUUGCCCUCAGCAGGCUGCCGAAUCUUGAUCCUGAAGUCUCCAGUAUCGGGCAUUUUGAAGAUUUGGGAAAUGACGAGAGUUGGAUGGAAUAUAUCUACGGAUUUCCUCAAAUGAUGCUCAAGGCCGGAACAUACCCACCUUUUGUACAUCCGAGUGUCUACCGUUGUUCUGAAGGAGAAGUCACCGCGCCAUUGGCAAUAGCAUUCUGCUGCUUGGGCUCGUAUAAUGCCGCGAUGCGCAGCAGUGAAAAGUUUGCAUAUUCAAUGAUCAAUCAAGAACGCGAGAAACUGAUCAAAGACUUUAUGACAAGAUACUUGGCCCGAACUCAGACCACCAAAAUUCUCUGUGCUCCGCAAGAAACAUGGGAAUCAUGGGCUCUUUCAGAGACGAUUCGUCGAACAAUUUUGCUUGUUAAUAGUAUCAACUCCUUAUCAUGCAGGGUCGGAAGGCAGGACCCUCGUUUAUUCGAAUCUCUAGACGAUGAACUUGUCUUCCAAUCUCCUCUACCUGCAGCUAUUGACCUAUGGAGAGCCAAGACAGCCAGCGAGUGGACCUCCAAGAAAUUGUCAAUGAACGUCAAAGCAGCCGCAAGAGAGAAGCUGGAAAUUGGGACAGCAGUUGAGGGCCUAAGUAUUGGCGAAAUAGCUGGGUACUCAUAUGCUACAGAUCCUGACCAAUACUCGCGGAUGGUGGUAGAUUUAUCUCGAUCAAAAUAUGGGAACCAGAAAUCCUGGCUUUAA